UCGGGGCUCGCGGGCAGGGGUUGAGCGUGGUCCGGGAGGAUGAGCUGAGAAUGGGCUGCAACACGAGCAAGGAAGUGAUUCAGUCGGUCAUCAACGAGAAGACGAAGGGAUCGCCGGGAGCGGAGCCGGACCCCGAGCACGGCGUGGGAGCAGCGCAGCCGGAUAACGAGCCCCAGGAAAUUAAUUUAUUCGAAGAAUUCGAUCCGGAGGACCAGAACACAGUCGAAGCGGCAACAAAGAUCCAAGCCGUUUUCCGUGGCCACAAAACUAGGAAGCAAAUGAUGACGAACACGGACGAAGAAAAGGCGAAUUUUGAAUUAGAAUUCAGUCCCGACGACAAAGAGCUGACGGACGCUGCAACGAAGAUCCAGGCGUCGUUCCGGGGUCACAUGGCUCGGAAACAAGUUCAAGACGAUAAGCCAGAAGGCGAUGGCGGCAAGGAGGCUGAAGAAUUGAGCAGUCAGCUGGAAAAACUAGACGCAAAUAAAGAGCUAGACCAGGAGCUGCUCGACAUCGACCUGACGGACCCGGACCUGCACAAAGCGGCCACGAAAAUUCAGGCGUCGUUUCGAGGUCACAAAGUUCGCAAGGCUGAGGAGGAAGGGGAAUCGAAUUAAGGCCAUUGAGAUCGCUCUCAAGUCCGGCCAAAAUUGGCCAUCCCUUUUCGAUCCCACAAAGGCAAUCAGUUCCUUUUGUAAAAUGUUCCGUUCUGAGCUUGCACUUUCCUUUUCCCUCUACUCUCUCUUCGAAAUUCACUCUUUACAUAUUUUAGGUCGAUGACGUUACCCAGACCAGUGGCGACUCUCGCAAGUUGGCGAUACUGCCAUUUAAAUGCAGGCAAAAUAAUCGACAUCUAUUGAGACAGGCAUCCGCACCUAGAAUCGAGUGAUUAUAAUGGAAUUAAAUGUUCGAAGAACAGUGCUACCAACUUGCGAGAAUUGCCACUGACUUUGGACGACGAGUCAGCCACUGGCAAAAAGCUGGUUUCCUAGGAAUUAGAUUGCAGGUGGUGAUUUAAAUUUUUAUUUAAUGAUUUUGAGAUUUGUACGGCCUUUUAAAAAUAGUAAGCCGUUGUCUAAUGUAUUCAAAAGCUUUAAUUGCCGUACGUAGUCAACAUCGACAUUUUCCUUUAUUUUUAAAGUAAGCGUUGUCAUUUUGAAAAAAAAAAAUAAUAGUCGAUAUGUUCCUCUCCUGAGAGGACAAUAACUACUGUCUAGGUUAUUCGAUGGAUAGCGUUAUAUUGCGUCUCAUUAAACAAAGAUUUGACACAUGAAAGAUGAUUCACAAGUAGGACUUCGAUCUGAUUGACUCUCAUUUUCAUGUCGUAGCAUUCAACCUCGAAAAUAUUCAACCAAAUGUUCCAAUGAGUAAAAAGAUGAAAUUUUAUGAUAUCAGAGAGUUCGAUAUCUCUAAUGAAUAUUCCUGUUGAAACAAUAUCGUUGAUUCGCUGAUGUAGUUCUAGCCUCGGUGAUUCGAUUGGAUGAGGUCCUCCAUGAGAAAAAUAAGCUAUAUAAGUACUGUGCGAAAGUUUUUGACUGAAAGAGUACCAUUACAAACUAAAUAAAUUGGUUGAUGUGAAACAGAAUUUUUAAUCGCAGAGCCACGGCUCGAAAGUUGGUCAAUUCCUAAACAUCUCAAACUGGCUCCUCGUCCAUAAAACCUAACCUCUUGGUUUAUUAUUUUCGCAGUGUUUACUGAGUUUUUAUCUUUUCUGGAUUUUGCAAAGAAUAUACUCGAAUUUCAAACUCUGCUUUAGGACUCUUUUAAAGCUACUUGUUCCUUUGAACAUUUUUAAAGAGUUUUUCUACCUUUAUAGAUUUCUUUUUUUGUGAAUAAUUCUCAUAUAUUUACCGCAAGUUACUUAUCUUAGUUACUAAAUCUAAAAGUCAAUUUUAAAUAUAUCUAUACACAGCGUAAAAUUCUCAGCUCCCAUCCUACCAAUUUAUAUUUUUAGUAAGUAUAUUCAUUUUGUAAAAGUUAUGGCUCAGUUGACGGAUUCAAAGAUCUCGUUGUCAAAAUCACACAACAUUCCAGUGUUUUAUCCGUAAUUACCUGACGGGAAGUUCCUCAAAUAAAUUAAAGAUUUCAAGGAAUUUCUCAACAGUCUUUCACUUCCUCUAAAAUGAGCUAGAACUUCAGGAUUGUGAGACAUCGGUGAAAAGAGUAAACUCCCAGGUACAGCAGUAUACGUCUCUCCGGUCAAGACCAACCAGAGGAUUGUAUUUAACAUCCGGAGAUCAUGCAAUUGCGCUGAUCCAAAUCAAACACCACCGAGCAAGACAAUUUACUUUGAAUUCAGAUCUAGAUCGAAGUCAGCGAAACGGUCUCUUCUUUAUUCUCUAAUCGGGGGAUUCCGUUUUCGAUCUUGAUUUGAUUCACGCAUUCUGCAGACUGUAAGUCAAAUUAGUUUGCUAUUCGAUUAUUAAAGAUCUCAAAUUAUUGUUGUACAUUAGCUCUGUCCACUGAUGAUUCUUAAUCCCGCAAGAACACUCGCCCACUUUGAACCUAGAUUUUUACUUAACAAUCAAAACUGUUCUACAAGACAGCGAUUAGUUAUACAUAAGUGAAUACACAGUUUCAUUUACUAUUCUGGUAGUUGUUGUUUCCUUUUCUUUUGUAAAUAAAAUUGUAAUUUUUAUUUAAUUAGAAAUAAUUAGAACGAACUUUAUCUCUUAUUGAGCCCAGAUGAAAAAUCUUCACACAGGUUUUCUGAAGAAUGCCAAAAAGAAUAAAAAUACAAAUCAAAUUAUGAGGUCUAACUGUCACGUCUCCUCAAAAUCAAACAGAAGUCAGGUAAUAUUUUCUCAAAGAAAUCAAAAGUGCAAAAUAAAAUGGUUCUCCAAAAUUACUGUCGGUUAAAUUAAUUUAUAAUUAUUAUUCUACAAUUACUGAGCAAAAUCAAAGAGUCUUAUUAUGUACCCGGAUAAUUUUUUCGAAAACAUGAUAUGAGGUUUUAAUUAUUUGGUUUAGGGAAUUGAACCACCAUAAAUGAUAUUUACUCAAAUUUUUAGCACGUUGUAUUCAAAGUUGAAGCACUAGUAAGAACACAAUGACGAGAAAGAAUCUAAAAAAAGCUUCUCUCCAUUGAUCUAUACAGUUAGAGUUGACAACAAUGGUGGUCAGUGCCCGUAAAGUAUGAAUAAUUCAAGAAAGGGUACGAUUGGUAGCAAUUUGAAUGUAUCCAGCCCUUUCAUUCAUUCGAAUUUUCAGUUAUAAAGGGAUCAAAAGGUAGGAGCGCGAUACUCCGAACAAAAGAAAGCACUUCUUUUUCGUUUCGGCCACCUCCGGUUUUGACCAAUGGAGUUAUUUUUAUGCUACGUCUGAACAAAAUCGCAUAUCGUGCCUAAAACGAUUAAAACUUGCGAGAAAAAGUUUAUUUUCGGAUGUCAAUAAAUGAUUCUGACGAACCCAGUGCUUUCACAAAAGAAGCAUCACGCGAAUAGUUUGUUUGACCUAUCAUGUUGUACAGAGGCAGCGUGUCACUCGCAGAUUAAAAAUAAAAGGAUGAAAUGGGUAUUUUAUCCACGUAUCGUUGGACUUGUUUACAAUCGACGGGUUAGUAGUUGCGUCAUUCAAUAUUCGAUUUAUUCAUGAUUCCACCUAAAGAGUAUUGACUGUUCUGAUAUCGAUCAUUUUGACGCUCAAUUUAACUCCCUCAUUGAAUGCCUCAUGCUACCUAGUCAGACCAUACCGAGAAAAAACGAAGUCUAAUGGAAUGUCUAAAAUUCCGGUGCAUUACAUAUAUGUAAAAUUAGGGAGCUUUAACCAACAGAUUUCUUAAUAGAAUAUAAUGAAUGUGUCUGGUACGAAGGACUAGACUAAAAUCAAAAGAUAAUAUUAAGAGGGAUGACUAUGUUGAUCAGACGACUUAUAAAUGAAUUGCAGGUCCUUUGAGAGGACGAAUAAUCGGCUAGCUAUAUAAGCACCUCCUUCUCCUUGCUGGCCGACAACCAGUCGAUUAUUCGAUUCUAUUUUUGAAGAUGUUGCGAUGCAGUUGUUGGUCGUCCUAUCGACAAACCCGACCAAUCGUUUAGCUACAUUCAUUCUUCCUUUUGUUUCAUGCACACGACAAACACAUAAUUUCCAUUUUCGGCCUGUAGGUGCAUCCAAGUAUUUAAAACCUAAAAAACUAACGAGUGAUGUAACAACAAUUUGGGCGUAUUAUUUUUGAAUAGUUUUCUUGACAACGUUGCAUUUUUUUCCACAUUUUAUCGGAAACUCUUGAUUGUAAGCAUUUGCCCGUCUCAUCAGAAGUAAUUCCAUCUUAUAUCAGCAGUUGCCCAUGUGUUGAUCCAAAAUUAGUGAAAGCCUAAAAUAUUUUAACAGAUUGAAAAGUGUGGUCAACCCUUCAUAUAUUAUUAAUCAAGAGUUUUCAAAAAUUAUACUAACGGAUUUUUAAAUUCUUUAGUUCAGGGGCUCAUGUUUAAAAAAGAAAAACUUUCUGCAAUAUGUAUAUAAGCAAAAUAUAUGAGUAGAUAUGGAUUUUUUGAAGACUAAUCAUCAUGGAUUGUAUUCUUAUUCUUGACAUAUUAGUUCAUAGAUUCUAGUAUAAUCAAUAAUUAUUCCAUUUUACCACAUUCCAAAUAAUCGAGGGUCGACACAUUAAGUUUAACGAACAGUUUACUGUCAUGAUGGUUAACUUGCAGCUGCCCCUUUAAAAUUUGUUAUUUUCAAUAAUGAUGCCAUUUGUUGCGGUAAAUUGUGAUAAUUUUCUUAGUUGAAGUGGUUUGAUCUCUCUUUCACAACAAAUUGAUUUACUGUAAUUUGUUUGUAGCUUUAUAAAUUAGUGAUUUUCAGUGUGUGGGGAAAAUGAAUGAAUGAUUCAUCAUAAUUGACGCAGAAAAAUUACAUUUAAUUCGGAAGGCAAAAAGUGUUUUCAACAAGAUCAAUAUUCUAGUUUCUUGUGAAUUUGUAUCAAUUUUUGAUUUAUCAGUUCCCAGUGAAAAACAGAUCCUUCUUGAAAAUUUUAACACUGGGGAAAUUUGUCAGUCAAUAAUAAUCGAAAAUGACCGAAAUUCCAUUGUGCAAAAUAUUCAAUAGAAGUUCUUUUUUAUUUUACUGGACUAGGAAUUGAACUUAAAAAAAAAUAACUUCUGACCCCCUACAUCAUUAAUCACGUAUCAUGUUCUGGUACUUUGAGUUCUUAGCUCUAGUCUGGUGCUCUUUAUGAAGUAUACUGAUUUGCGGUGAAGAAAUUGUAAGAUAACUGUUAUUUUACUGGUUUAAAACAUUACUUUGUUACUUUAAGUCUAGUUGCAAAAAUACACGAGGCUUUAUUGUAAAUUA